AAUUUUUCAGAAAAUUGUACUCAUGAAAAUUUGAACCCCCUUGAGAUUUCACAAUGAGGAAGGGAUUCACAAGUGCCCAAAUUGGGAGAUUCUUUCAGGAGGGCCCACGACUGGAGAACAUCUUUCUUACCUCGCCCAUCAUGAAACCUUUUCUGAGGCGUCAUCUCCCGCCUUCGGAAUUUAGCGAGGUGGCUGGAGAUUUGGAGGCAUUUGGGGAGCGGGCUAGAGGGGAGCUAUGGGACCUGGCCCAGGAAUGUGAGGCCAAUCAACCUCGAUUGGAACAGUACACACCGUGGGGGAAACGAGAGGAUCGCAUCAUCACAUGUGGGGCCUGGAAGGCAUUGAAGAAAAUCUCCAUUGAGGAGGGCGUGGUGGGCAUUGCAUAUGAGAGAAAACGUGGUGCCUACAGUCGACUGCAUCAGAUGAUGAAGGCUGCUCUCUUUCAUCCAAGCUCUGCCUUUGUCACCUGCCCCCUUUCUAUGACUGAUGGGGCAGCAAAAACCCUUGAGGCCUUGAAGAGGGAAAAUGGAAGUGAUGAAGUAGGAGAAGCUUACUCACGUCUCAUAUCUACUGAUCCUGACAAGGCCUGGACAUCAGGGCAAUGGAUGACAGAGCGGGGUGGAGGUUCAGAUGUGGCCAAUGGAUGUGAAACAACUGCAUAUCCACGUGAGGGUGAGGAUGGAUUCAAUCUACAUGGGUACAAAUGGUUCUCUUCUGCAAUUGAUGCCGACAUGGCCCUCACGCUGGGCCGAAUCCACCUGCAUGGUGCGGAAUCUGUGAAGCUCUCCCUCUUCUAUCUCCCUGUCAGGCAGCCUGAGGGUGGAAGCCUGAAUGGAAUCCAGGUAGUGAAGCUGAAGAACAAAUUGGGCACACGGCAGUUAGCAACAGGAGAAUUGCUUCUGGAUGGAACCAGAGCACAUCUCUUAGGACAACCAGGUCGUGGAGUGGCAAAUAUCGCACACAUGCUGGCCAUCACACGGGUGCAUACAGCUGUUGGUGCUGUUUCUGCAACACGCAGGAUGAUGCAAAUGGCUGUGGAUUAUGCAAAGAAGAGAGAAGCAUUUGGAAAACUGAUCAUGGAGCAUGCAUUACAUAGCAAGACACUUGCAGAGAUUGAAGUGGAGCUGCGAGGGAUGGAACUCUUCGUCUUUCACUGCGUCCUACUGCAGGGGAAGGAAGACGUUGGGGAAGCUUUGGACCGCGAGCGACUCCUUCUUCGCAUCCUCUUGCCACUGCUCAAGGGUUAUGUCCCACCAAGGACCAUGCAGCUCAUGACACAACUCCUUGAGGCAUUUGGAGGUCAAGGCUACAUUGAAGACACCGGCAUCCCUACUCUGUUCCGUGAUAAUCAAGUGAACCCGAUCUGGGAGGGAACGACCAACAUCCAGGCACACGACCUGGUCCGGUCGAUUCACAAGACCCAUGGGGAAGUGCUGCAGGCGUUCGGAUCGUCCCUGGAAGAACUUACCAAGAAGUCAAAGAAUGCUCAUCCUUCUUGUACACAGCUCCUCAGUGACUUCAAUGCUCUCAUGAAGUUUUUGAAGGACAAUCCUCAGCUUCUCCCUGUCGUGGCAAGGCAUCUUGCCCUGGACCUGGCUCGAAUCUAUACCGGUGCUCUCCUAUGGGAUCACGCAGUGGCAAGGGAGGGUAAGCCCGGCUGGGAAGUCGACAGAGCGGCCGCCCUCAGAUACACCGCGUGGCUCCCCGGCCCCUCCACGCUGAAGCUCCACGGCCUGGAAGCCUACAGCGAGAACGCCCAGCGCAUGGAUCAGGACCUCCUCCACCCCGUGGAUGCCUAGGGACUGCACUCUGUCCUCCUCUCAGAUGCCUUUUCGGUCUGUCCUCCUCUCAGAUGCAAUUUUCAUUCCAUUAUCUUUGUCACGGGCGUCCAGAGUAUUUUUUGAAGUUUGUUCUUUUUGGGAUCGCUUUAUGCAUGUUGCCUACGG